CCGCGGGAGUGGGUGUUGGGCGGCUGGAGCGCCCCGACCUCCUGCGCUUCAUGCAGGUCGCCGCCUUCUUCACUCGCUACUGCAGGAUAAAGCAGGAGGCGCAGGCCGCCAAGCAGGGCGGGAAACAACCCCCGGCGGCGGCGGGUGCUGCUGCUGCUGCUGCCGCCGAGGGGGGUAAGGCUGCAACCGCUAACGGCGGCAGCACUGCAGCUAACGAGGCAGGGGCGGCUGGCAGCGGGGGUGCAGGGGCGGCAGCAGCUGAGGCCGGCUCCCCGUUUGUCGGCAUCAGCAUGACCAUGGGUUGGGACACGUUCCACCUUGUGUGCAAGUUGUGGGUGGAGCAGGCGGACACCAGCAUGCGCAUGCGGGACUGGGAGCUGCAGGCUGUCUCCAUGCGGCUGCUGUGUGAGAUGCUGGCGGUGCUGGCGGGCGCCCACCGGCUGGGCAGCCGGGAGGACCGGCAGGCGGCGGACAGGCUGCAGCGGAGGCUGCUGCAUGACGACCU